AUGGAGAACGUAUUAGCUGAAGAGUUUUGGCGAAAUAGGGCGAAAGAGGAAACUGUUGAAAAUACACGCAGAAAACAUCAGCAUGGAAGAGGAAUAUGUACAGUAUUCAUCCUUGACACAUCUGAGAGUAUGAAAGGAGAAGGCUUUUCUCAAAUGAAAGAGGUCUUCUUUGACAUCAUAAACGAAUAUGAAGUUUUAGAUUUGGAUGACAAUGUUGCUGUUAUAGGAUUUGGAGAAGAAGUAAUUUUUCUCCACUAUUACUCCAACAACUAUAGGUCCAUCAGGAAUUGUCUAGAAAACAUCGACUGCAAGGGACCUUCGCCAAUGGAAGCUGGGAUUAUUUUGUCUUUCUCAUGUAUCAAGUUAGGAGGAGGACAUACAUUACCUUUGAAUCCUCUUGUCAUCAGAGCCAGGGUUGUAGUAAUUACUGAUGGUAAUCCUACAGAUAUGUCAAGCCCUGUUGAAUCAUUCAACACAUCAAAUGACAGCGAAGCAUUCAAUAGACUUUUAUGCCUUGUGGGGGAUCAAGGAAGAUGGAACCCAUUUACCUUUAUACCUGUUGGUACCUUUCCAAAUUAUCGCCUUCUGGGAGCAUUAGCAGUUGCAGCUAGAGGAGGAAGAAUCAUUCCCCGUUACGAAGCGCGCCAAUAUGCAAGAAUGUCCCUGAAUUUUACCAUUGCCAAUAAACUCUUGGUUGACUUCCCUGAGAAGGACAUAACAGAAAAUUUGGUUAAAAGAAUCUUGUCAAAAGAAGGAAAAGAUCCACAAGCAAAUGAAAGGGAUAUUAAUCAAGUUUGUGAAAUAUUGAAUGAAAAAGAAGUGUAUGAUACAGAAGUUGAUGGGGACGAUGAUGACUUUAGAGAAAGGUAUCCCACAAUGCCUUGCAUAGGUACAAGAGUAAGAAGAGGACCAGAUUGGAAAUGGGGCAAUCAAGACACUCAUGGAGUAGGAACCGUGGUCGGCCACUCCAGAGAAGUUGGUUGGAUAUUUGUGCAGUGGGAUAAUGGGAACCGAUUUAAUUAUCGAUGUGGGUAUGACGGCAUACUUGAAGCAUAUGAUCUAACAAUUUGUGAUGAACAACGACUACAUGUACCAGAAAAUAAGAAUAUAGCUGUUGGAUGUCUAGUUAAAAAAGGUCCAGAUUGGCAGUGGGGUGACCAGAACGGAGAGGAAGAUAGCAUAGGAAUCGUUUAUCGAGUAAAACUCAACGGAAUCGUUUAUGUGCGAUGGCCAAACGGAAAUAAAAGCAAUUACAGAUUUGGUCAUAAACAAAAAUAUGAUUUAAUACUUUGCGAUCCAAGAGCUCCUGAAGUAAAAGUGUCACUGUCCAAGUUAAAGAAGAUUUGAAAAAAGAGUGAAAAAACAAUAGUUUCAGAUGAAACAAAAUGGAUAUUUGAUUAUAUUUAUGUAUUCUGUCAAAAUACUUUUUAUAUG